UGGCCUUUUAUUUGUUUUUGAGUGAUCUUUUGAUAACAUUUUGAUGAUUUCAAGUUUAUAAAUAAAUCCAAUUUGUAAGCUUAUCAAAGCUUUACAAAUGCCAAAUGCCGGUAACUUUUAACUGUUGACCAGUAUUUUGGUUUCUUUGUUUGAAGAUGCUAUUAAAUCUAAUUGUGAUAUCGAGUCAAUUGACUUUCAAAUCUCAUUACAAUUGGAAUAAUUGAUAAGAUUCAAAAGAUCGCCGCACUUUAUUUGCUUGUCCAGUUCAAGAGUCCAAUCUUUUUAGUACAAACAUUUGUACGGGUUUGUCGCAAGAGAGGAAUCUUUACAUUUCAAUUGAUCUGUUGAUCAAAGUUGUUUCGUUUCAACUGUCAUCACGAAUCAUGGAAUCAAAUUGUGAGAGCUUACCUUCAAACACGAUCGUACAUAUUGACAUCAAAGUGGACUCGACUUACAAGGGUAAAGAAGUUGAGGUGAAACCUAAAGAAGAACCCAAAGAAGAACCCAAAGAUCAGCCUAAAGAUCAACCCAAAGAUGAACCUAAAGUAGAUUCUAAAGUAGAUCUUAAGGCUGAACCUAAAGAUGGAGAUAAAUUGGUGCGAGUUGAAAAUGAUCAAUUCAUCCGUUCGAGUGUUCAAAGGGGCAAGAUCAAUUACAAUGCCUGCUGCAACAUAGUUUUUUCUCGACGACCAACUAUGCUUAAGCUACUCGAACCUGAUGCUAAGAUUUUCAAGGGUUUGGAUGAUGUUGUGCCUUGGGAUGAAACCCUUUUACCGCCUUUACCUGAAGAUUUAACACCCAAAGUGAUCGCUUCCAUUAAGAAGGGAAUGUUACUUGGAAAGUUGUACAACAUGCCAAAGUCAACGCUAAAGGAAGUUUAUCCUCGACUAUCGACUGUCAUUAGCGAAAAGCUGGUGCAUGAAAGAGGUUGGGUAAAGAAGAAAAUGUUUCGAUGUCCAUUGUGUCCUAAAGAUUUCCUCAAGAAGACUGCCGCGAGACAUGCUUACACUCACAUUGAACAGUAUCACACCAAGAGUCUAGUUACUUGCAUGAAGUGUCAACUUUCAUUCACCUGCCAAGACAGUGUUUUAAGACAUAAAGCCAGUAAACACAAACACUGUAAACAAACGCCUGAGACUACCAAAUAAAUUUGGUAAAUGCCUGAUUUAUUCAAAAUAAACUUACCUU